ACGAUUCAUUCGAGAGUCAGGCGUCGCUGUUGGUCAGUAGGAGGCGAGUCGGCCGGGCGAAGAGCUCAGGAUUUAGGCACAGGGAGCUGACUGGCUUCGCGGACUGGGCAUGUUGAGAUAUCUGACAUGGACACAGAGAUGAUGCCAAAAUUCACCUCAAAAGACGAGGAAAUCGAAUACUGGAAGAAUUUGUCUCUCAAGUACAAGAAAAGUUACCAUGAUGCUCAGGAGGAGCUGCAGGAGUUCCAAGAAGGCAGUCGUGAGCUGGAAGCCGAGCUGGAGGCCCAGCUGGGCCAGGCGGAGCACCGCAUCCGAGACCUGCAGGCCGAGAACCAGAGACUGAAGUGUGAGGUGGACAACUUGAAGGAGAAACUGGAGCAGCAGUACGCACAGAGCUACAAGCAGAUCUCUGUGCUGGAGGACGACCUGGGUCAGACACGCUGCAUCAAGGAGCAGCUGCACAAAUAUGUCAGGGAGCUGGAGCAGGCCAAUGACGACCUGGAAAGAGCCAAGAGGGCGACUAUAACCUCUCUAGAGGACUUUGAGCAGCGGCUGAACCAGGCCAUCGAGAGGAAUGCUUUCCUGGAGAGCGAGCUGGAUGAGAAGGAGUCGUUGCUGGUGUCUGUGCAGAGGCUGAAGGACGAAGCCAGAGACUUAAGACAAGAGCUGGCCGUGCGGGAAAGGACAACAGAUGUCACCAGAAUGUCUGCACCCAGCUCUCCGACGCUGGACACAGACAAAAUGGACACGGCUGUUCAGGCCUCCCUGUCCCUCCCAGCUACACCAGUGGGGAAGACUAUAGAACAUCCUUUUAUGAGUCAGAAAGUAUUGACAAACGGUUGUGGAAGCUCUCCGCUCACCCCGUCGGCCAGGAUCUCUGCCCUCAAUAUUGUUGGUGAUCUUUUACGGAAAGUUGGGGCUCUGGAGUCCAAGCUGGCAGCAUGUAGGAACUUUGCCAAGGAUCAGGCAGCGAGGAAAAACUACAGUACAGGAAAUGGCAACCUGAUCAACAGCAACGCCACCAAAUUCUCUCACUCCCUCCACACGACAUACUUCGACAAAGCGACCGUGAAUGGCCUAGACCCCGGUGCCCUGACCGCCAUGGCAUCCCCUCGAACCGUGUCUCCUCCUGGCAUGCUUCCCCUCAGCGUGUGAGAGAUCCAUCUGCUGCAUCCACACCAACCAACAUGGAAACCAGACACCAUGGAAAUAAACGGAAGGACAUUUGAAAACCCUGCCGCUCUGUGUGCAUGACUGUGUGACUGUGUGUGUGAGAGAGGGAGAGAGACCGAUCGAGAGCGAGAACAAAAGAGAGAGAGAAAGAGGCUGGGCAGCAGAAACGAUGUGCCUCACGUGUGUACGUGUGUCUGACAGGUUCAUGUCGGGCAUGGUAGCACAUUUGUGUUGGUUGGGCCCAGUUCUGUUCUGUAGAGGUCUCUGCAUUUCUCACUUUCCUUUUGCCAUUUUUUUUUUCUUUUUUUUCCCUUGUUACCUAAAACCAGCUAAAUGACAAAGGGCCCAGAUGGACCGCUGCUCUUCUUCUUCUUUUCAUUUUUUUUUUUUAUUUAUAUUUUGUUUUGUUUUUGUUUUUUUGUUCUUUCUAAUGUGUUGCACAAUAAAAAAUAUUGCUUUAGAAAAUGUUUAAAAAAGGGAUUUUGUCUUAUAACAGAAAUAUACUUGAGGAGGUGUGUACACACGUGUACAAAAGCAGGCGUCAUGGAAAGGAUCAGAGAUGUGUUAGGGCUGGACAAUAUGGCCAAAAAUUAAUGUAUUCUGUGAACAAUAAAACAAUAAAUCCCUUUUUUUUUACGUCGUUACGUAAAAAAAAAUGUGAAAAAGUAUCCAGUUUAUUUGUAGUGCUCCCUGUAAAGAACACCAGCCAUUGACAGCUGCUAUAGACAAUGUAUAUUAAAAUAUCGCAAAAAUCGUACAAUUGAUACCGUUUAUAUCGCAAUACAUAUACUGAUACUGAACUAUUGUCCAGUCCUUCACACACAGUAUACAUAUGGAUCCUUUUCAUAGCCUGAAUUGACUGAAUUAUUCCGUAUAUGUGGUUUUGGAUCUAGGCUGCAGAGUACCAGCUGUUGUUGUUGUUAUUAUUGGGGUACUGUAUGCAGUACUGUAUAAGGACAGUGGAUGGCUAACCAAAAAUGUUGUGAAGUCGGGUCUUUAAAAUUAAUAUAAAAUUAAUAACUCUCUUAAUAAGUGACCCAUCCUAUUGACUAAUGAUACUAACAAGCUUUUCUCUCUGUCUUGUAGCUGCUUCACCUCACCUGGAUGGUCACUGGUGUAUCUUUUCAGUUGUAUUGGCUUUAGACAGUUUUAAAAAGGGGAUAUAAUGCAAUCUUUAGAAUACAGUGCGCUACAAAAAUUCUAUUAACCACUAUCUACAGUAAUAGUACACGUUUACGUCCAUGUGUCCAGCCAUCUGUCCAUCCUUACAAUGGUAAUUGUUGUGUAGGAGGGAAAAGAUACAUUUUUUUUUCUAUUCUUUGGUUCAAUUGUAAAUUGUUUUUGGUGCAAUGUGACCGUUGUCACUUGAAGUAUAUCGGUUGAUGAACUGUAAGUGGCUGUGUGAACCUCAUCUCUGUCUCAUGUGCUAUUUUUUCGGUUUCGCUGGUGGGUUUGACAUUCGUUGUUUGUUUGGCGUCACUCUCUCGAGCUGAAUGUCGGGCUGUAUAUUCCUCACAGUGCUCCUUUUGUUUUCCACGUUUUUCAUUUCAGCUCAUGUGCAUUCCUUAAAAGAAAAGGUGCUAUAAAUGGUCCUUUGAAUGAUGUCAUAGAAUGGCAAGUUGCUUAUAAUAGAAAAUGCAUAAAGAGUGUUCUUUAAAGGUGCAAUAUUCAGCUCUGGAAAAAAAUUAAGAGACCACUUUCUGAAUCAGUUUCUCUGAUUUUGCUAUUUAUAGGUAUAUGUUUGAGUAAAAUGAGUAUUGUUGUUUUAUUCUAUAAACUAAAGACAACAUUUCUCCCAAAAAAUGUAAGCCGGUUCAGUUUGGUUUGAUAGCUUGUGAUCAUCCAUCUCCCCCUUGAUUAUAUUCCCGAGGUGUUUAAUUUUAGUAAAAUCUAAGAAACUAUCUAAGAAAUAAUUUUUAAAUGGUCUCAUUUUUUUUCCAGAGCUGUAUAUCUCUAUUGUUUGCGUAGUUCGUUCCAACUCGUAUAACCAAAUCUGAUUGGGUUUUUUUUUGUGGAAUCCCAUAAAGAACAGUUUAUAGAACCUUUAUUUUUUAAGAGAGUGUUUGUAUACCAGCACUUUGAAACCACCACACGUUUUGGAGCACUUUUAGCUUUUAUAUUCUGCCCCCCUUAGCAUUUGAUUCUGCACAGUGUAUGAUUAAGUUAUUGAGCACUCUGUUGACUGUUCGCUUUGUCCACAUGUAUAUACUGUAGGUUUGUAUGCGUUCUCAGUUAUUUGCCCAGGCAAUUUGUACAUACCCACAUCGGGCCUUACAGCUCAUUUAAUUUAUUUAAGAUACUUUAUGGCAUGUCUUGAGAUGAGGAUUGCGUUUUACAAAUUGUACAUGGUUUAAAAAUCAUAUAAUUAUAAAAUGGUUGUUCAGUACGUGCAAAUAAAAGUUAAAAACCGAA